CAGAGUGCCUCCGUCUGUCCUGUAGGUUCAUUCAAUCUCCCAUACACACAGACCCAUAGCGAGACCGACACACACUCCCAUACACUCACACACACAACUGCAGGCAGCGAGGCUCGGGAAGUCAGGCCGGCUCUUCGCCCCGGCGCCUUCUCUGCUCCAGCCGGCCGGGUCUCCCUGGGGGCCCGGAGCUCGGCCGGGCCGCGCAGCCCCGUUAGAGGACGAGCUCGGCGGACCCCCGCUCCUCCAUGGGCAAACGCGGGCGGCCGCGCAAGGAGGCGCGCUGCGAGGGCGCGGGGCUGGCCCCCGCCGCGCCCCCGGCUGUGCCCCCCGCCGCGGCCGCGCCCCAGCCCCCGGCCCUGCCCGAGGACCCCGCUGGGGCCAAGCCCAGGUGCCCCUUCUCAGACAUUUUCAACACCAGCGAGAACUCGAUGGAGAAGCACAUCAACACUUUUCUGCAGAACGUGCAGAUUCUGCUCGAGGCCGCCAGCUACCUGGAGCAGAUCGAGAAAGAAAACAAAAAGUGUGAACAUGGCUACGCCUCUUCAUUCCCGUCCAUGCCGAGCCCCCGACUGCAGCAUUCAAAGCCCCCACGGAGGCUGAGCCGGGCACAGAAACACAGCAGCGGGAGCAGCAACACCAGCACUGCCAACAGAUCUACACACAAUGAGCUGGAAAAGAAUCGACGAGCUCAUCUGCGCCUUUGUUUAGAACGCUUAAAAGUUCUGAUUCCACUAGGACCGGACUGCACCCGGCACACAACACUUGGUUUGCUCAACAAAGCCAAAGCACACAUCAAGAAACUUGAAGAAGCUGAAAGAAAAAGCCAGCACCAACUCGAGAAUUUGGAACGAGAACAGAGAUUUUUAAAGUGGCGACUGGAACAGCUGCAGGGUCCUCAGGAGAUGGAACGAAUACGAAUGGACAGCAUUGGAUCAACUAUUUCUUCAGAUCGUUCUGAUUCAGAGCGAGGUCUGUAUACUACCACCAAAAUGGAUCUCACUAUAAUCUGAAGACUUUUAAGUCUCAGGACCUUAUUUCAAGCUAUAUUUGAUGCAAGAAAAUUAAAUCUAAGACAUAUACCUCAAACUCUACUUUAUAAUGACUUGUUUGACUGACUAGUUGAAGAUCUUUAUGAUGAAUCCUAGAAGUCUGUUGAACUAUCUGUAGAAUGGCACCACCAAAGGCCUGGAUGGGUAAAUUUUCUAGUUUGCCUAUAUUAAGUUUAUGCUCCUGCCCACCCUCUAAGGCAACCCUGAUUAAUAAACAGAACUGAGAAUUAGUUUGUGGUUUAAUGCAAAACAGAUGUUUUUAAACCACUUGGGGGUUGGGACCUUUUAAUAUUAAGCACUAAUUCCCAAAUACGCCAAGUGCUUUAGGGAGGUCCAGACGGACUGGCGUCAAAGGAUUUAGGAAAUUUGCUGCCUAAAUUAAGACCACCACUGUAUAUCAGACAUUCCCCUUGGCAAAAAAUAUUCCUGUCUCUUCACCUUGUUCCUCUGUUCUCCAGACAUCACUGAUAAUAAGCUUGUUGUGUAACAUUUCUUAUACCUCUUUUCUCAUGCUGUUAGUUUUUGAAGGUGCGCUAUACUCGAUAAUUAAUGUUCUUUUUUUUUUUUUUUUCCCCUUUGGCAGAGGAGAUUGAAGUGGAUGUUGAAAGCACAGAGUUCUCCCAUGGAGAAGUGGACAAUAUAAGUACCACCAGCAUCAGUGACAUUGAUGACCAUAGCAGCCUGCCGAGUAUUGGGAGUGACGAGGGUUACUCCAGUGCCAGUGUCAAACUUUCAUUCACUUCAUAGAACCCAGCAUGACAUAACAGUGCAGGGCAAAAUAUUCACUGGGCCAAUUCAAUACAAACAAUCUCUUAAAUUGGGUUCAUGAUGCAGUCUCCUCUUUAAAACUAAACAAAACAAAACUAUACUUGAACAAAAGGGUCAGAGGACCUGUAUUUAAGCAAAUAGCAAAAAGUGGGGCAGAGCCUCCCAAGGAGAACAAAUAUUCAGAAUAUUCAUAUUGGAAAAAUCACAAUUUUUAAUGGCAGCAGAAAACUUGUGUGAAAUUUUCUUGAUUUGAGUUGAUUGAGAAGAGGACAUUGGAGAUGCCAUCCUCUUUCUCUUUUCUAGUUUGCUCAUACUACAUUAGUAGACACAUUUAAGGAUGGGGUUAUGAACCCUUCCUGAGCUUUAUGGUCCUAAAAGCAAAAUAAAAACUAUUCGAAUGAAAAGACAAGAAAAUCAGGUAUUAAUCUUGGAUAGCUAAUGAGCUAUUAAAACUCAGCCUGGGACAGUUUAUCAUGAAGCCUGUGGAUGAUCAAUCCUUUAUUAUUAUUAUUAUUUUUUUGAAAAAAGCUCAUUUCAUGCUCUGCAAAAGGAGAGACUCCCAUGAAGCCUUUUGAAAGGGAUCAUCAUGCAGCUCAACUUUCUGUUGGAUUCCAUGCUAAGAAGCUAACCUUAUCCUGCAUUGUUAGCACUAGGCACCCAGCUGCCAGCUCUCCAUCCUGCUGCCCUUAGGCCACAUGGGAGCAGUCCAUGCAUGACAGCCUCUAUCCUACAAGGCCUAUGAGUAUGGAUUGGGGGGCCAAAAGGAAAAAGCUCCACGUGCCUCUUUGUCUGCGUGGGUCAGAAGAGUUGUGCACACAGAUUAGCAGGCCAAGGUCUGAGCCACAGCAGCAUUUUUAUUUCAGAUUUUGAUAACUGUUUAUAUGUGUUGAAAACCAAAAUGACAUCUUUUUAAAGCUUAUCCAUAAAAAAAAAAAUAGAUGUCUUUUAUAGUGGAAAAACACAUGGGGAAAAAAUCAUCUAUUUUGAUGCAGCAUUUGAUAAUGAUAAAACACCUCACACCUCACUCUUUAUAGUGCACAAAAUGAAUGAGGUCUGGGCUAGGUAGAAAAAGGGUCAAUGCUAUUUUUGUUUUUAGAAUCAUUACCUUUUACCAGCUUUUAACCAUCUGAUAUCUAUAGUAGACACACUAUCAUAGUUAACAUAGUUAAGUUCAGCACUUGUCUCAUUUUAAUGUAAAGAUUUGCUUCCAUUUUCCUACAGGCAGUCUCUCUCUCCCUCACAGUCCCACUGUGCAGGUGCUAUUGUUACUCUUACGAAUAUUUUCAGUAAUGUUAUUUUCUUCUAAGUGAAAUUUCUAGCCUGCACUUUGAUGUCAUGUGUUCCCUUUGUCUUUCAAACUCCAAGGUUCCCCUGUGGCCCUCUCCCUUACCCUGGGAAGGCCUCUUGGAGACCUUACCCCUGGCUGUUUGGACUUUGUAUACUUUAAAUAAUUUAACUGCCCUUAAUUACUUAAAAAAAAAAAAAAGCUUUAUGAUUUUCAUAACUUAUUGCUGAUUUUCAUGGAUUGUUAAUUUCAGUCCUGUAGUUUUAUGUUUAGAUAGGGCUGGGCAAGGAAAAAGAAAAUAAAGACAACCAUAUUUAGCAGUGCAGUUGAGUUGUGUGUUAAUGUUAGACUAUCCCUUUGUGAGUGACACUUUAACAGCAUUCACUGCUUCUAUAUAUAGUGUGCCAUCUUGGUCAUACAUUACGCCUCAACAUAUACUUGCCUCCAGAAGUUUUUCCUUGAUUGUGCUAUGUUUCAGUGGAAGAAAUUCUUUGAAGUAGAUGUGAGUGAAAAACUGCAUGCCUUUAGAAGCCCAGUAUCAGAACUUGCUACGUUUCAGGUGCUAGGGACUUAAUGAAAAACAUGACAAAACAAUUCCUUUUUGUGGCCCAGGUAAAUUAUUUCUGGUUUCACUUAUAAUUACUACUGGCUGAGUCAAGAUGUUGUCUCUGUGUUGUUUGCUUACUCUUGAUCAAGUGUGAGACAGUUUGAAGACUGUGCUACCAUGCAAAGUGAAUGAAGCCAGUGACUAAGCUUCUGUUUGUUUUGUUAUUCUCAUGGCCUUCGCUUGCAUUAUUUGGGCCUUCAUUCAGAUGAACUUGAGGUGCCGCCAUUUUGUUGCAUAUGUACAGGAUUAUGGGCUGGAAAGCAUUUGUUAUAAACCUAUAGUGCACAUUUUAACUGCCCCCUAAAUUACCCUUCCCUGGGUUUGUUUUCCUUGGGGUGGUGUAGAUUGUAUGAGUAAGAAUUAUUAAUUUUUUAAAAGACAAAUCAACUUUGAAGACACAAAAGAAGUUAAUUGGAAGAAAUAAAAACUGUGAAUGAAGAA